CCCUCCAGGCCGAAGCCCCUGCGGCCUAGUCUUCUUCCACUGCGCGUGCAGAAACGUCAUUGUAAGACUGAACAGUCCUUCGCCCUUGCCUCUCGAAUCCGCUGCCGUGGCACUGCCGUAAUGCCGUGUUCUACCUGUUUUACCUCCGGGACCCCUUGCAUCAUGGCUCCCGAGUCCUCACGGUGCGCCGAGUGCGUGCGCCGUAAGAUUCUAUGUGACGGGUCUGAUGUUGGCUCCGCCCUGACCCGAACGAUGGAAGAGCAGGAUAGGCUCGAGCGUGAGGAGCAAAGGCUUGAAGACCAGCUCUCGCAACUGACUGCCCAGCUUAUCCGGGUAAAACGAACACGCCGCUCCCUCCGUGCUCGCGAGGAGCGUCUCUUCGCGCGGGGUAUCCAGGAGGAGGAUGCCCAGGUGGCACAGUCUGCCGCUGCGGCGCCCCCUGCUUCUUCGCCGGGUGCUCCUGCGCGGCCGGACGCCGCUCAGGAUACCGUUCCGUGGUCUCCUCACGUCCCGGACCCUUCCUUAGGCCUUAACUGGCCUUCCGAUCUUUCCUUCGAUCCUAGCGUGGUUGGUCCUUCCUUCCUCGCUACGUUAGAUACCGCCAGUGGUGCGCCUUCCACUUCCCAAGGUGCCUGAGGCGCGUGGUACUACUUAUAUUUGGUCCCCUUUAUACCUUCUAACCUCGUAGUGUAGUGUAUAGUACGUCGACUACUACGUCGAAGGCGCAGGUUCGAUUCCUGUCGAGGUUCUGGCUCCGUCUUAUAGUAUCUGGCUGUGGGCCGGGGCCGAGUCUUUUUUGCUUGCUUGGGCUUUGGUCGGUCCGGAUAUCGUUAGUGGAAUUCUUUUUACUUAUUUAGGCAGUUAAGGUGUGCCUGUAGUUCCCACGAGUUAUCUAUAGCCGGAUAUUCUAACUAGCUAAC